UAGAAAAUAUUGUAGUAGUCGGACUUUCAAAAAACAAAAAAAUAUACCCAGAAACUGUAGAGAAAAAAGAAUGGCUCUGGAGAACUGCUUUCAAGUGAGCACAGUGUGCAGUAGCAGAGCUGCUGCUCUACAAUGUUAUCAUCCAUUUUCUUCAAAAGAAAAGCUUAAUUUGCCAAUCUGUAACGGAUUGAAGAAGCCCAUACAAACAUCCUCUUUGUCAUCUUCAUCUUACCCGCAUUCCCUCAGCAGCAAAUCCCGACAAUUAAGUGUUGUCUGCAAGGCUCGUGAAGCUGUGGAUGCAGUUCAAGUGGUGACAGAUUCAAGCUGGAAUAACCUUGUCAUUGCAAGUGAAAACCCAGUUCUGGUGGAGUUUUGGGCACCAUGGUGCGGACCAUGUAGGAUGAUUGCACCUGUGAUUGAUGAACUGGCAAAAGAAUAUGCUGGGAAGAUUAUCUGCUGCAAGCUCAACACCGAUGACUGCCCCAACAUUGCCACUCAGUAUGGAAUCAGGAGCAUUCCGACUGUGCUGUUUUUCAAGAAUGGAGAGAAGAAAGAGAGUGUAAUUGGCGCAGUGCCCAAGUCAACCUUAUCUACUACAAUAGAGAAAUAUUUAGAGGUUUGAAAAUUGAAGAGAGAAAUGAGAAUAUUGCCUUUGGCAGGCAUAAUGGCACUGAUGUUAUGUUCAUGAAGCUAUCAUUCAUUCAAGGAAAUAUUCAGGAUCAUCUCAUUAUGUAAAUGUUUUCAUUGUACUCUCCUUCAUUUUGUAUACUUUAUUAUAUUAAGUGACCUCCAUUCACUCA